GUCAUUAGCAAGUGAAAAUCAUAUAAAUCAACAUAAACUUAAUUUCUUGAACAUUGCAUUAAAAAGAUACUGACCGAACAUGGGAAGUAAAGAUCUAAUAGCUAGUGUUUUGGUACUUGUGGGAUAUAUAUCCAGUCAAGCAGAGUCAAAUAAAUUGGAGUUAAACUCCUCUAUGACUUUAGUCACCUGUAUGGAAGAAGCAGGAAUGACCUUUGACCAAUUUAAAGAACAACUAAAAAGUAACGGUCAUGACGCUUUAUGUGUACUGAAAUGCUCGUAUGAGAAGACAGGAGCCCUAGACAAAGAUGGAAACGUAGACCCUGGCGUAUUGUGGGCACAUCUGGUAAAACAUGGACUAGAUGAUACUCCAAAUAUCAAAAACAAGUUUACAGAGUGUAUGAAGUCAGCUGGAAAAAUAUUAACUUGCGAUGAUGCAGUAAAGUUUGCGAGUUGCUUUGAUGAUAUAUUUAAUUUUUAAAUAUUAUUUGUAUAAAUAUUUGAGAGCCUUUGAAUAUUGUCAAUAAAGCCUAACAUUUU